AUGGUUCAGACUACAGUCGAGUACUAUCAAAAGAUGAACACCAAUGCUAUCUUCUUCACCUUUGCCUUCAUAUUCACAACAUGCGACUGUUGGUUGAAUAGUUAUGAUGGAAAACUGGAGUAUAUUUGUCCAAAUAAUCAGUCUGUAUCUGGGAUCCGUAGUCAGCAUGACAACCGUCACGAAGACAGAAUUUUUGACAUUAUUUGUAGGGUAUCUACCGGAAUUGGGUCAAGAUGUCAAUGGAGUGGCUAUGUAAAUGGUUUUGAUGAAUUCUUUGCCUUUCAAUGUAAAUACCAUGGAUAUAUACAUGGAAUGAGAAGUAUCCAUGAUAACGGAAGUGAAGAUAGACGGUGGGAUUUCUACUGCUGUGACCAUGACGGUUUUGAUGUGACAGAAUGCUACAUGACAUCUCAUACCAAUUGGGAUGCUUAUUUCUCUGUUGAUGUUCCACUUAAUUAUGUGAUGAGGGGCGUAACAAGCACCCAUGAUAACAGACAUGAAGACCGAGAAUACAGUUUUGAACUCUGUAAACUGCGAGAAGUUUGACGAGAAUCCGAUUAAAAUUAGAAUGUAUUUGAUUGAGGAAGAAUCAGAGAUCCACAUACGAAUAAAGGAUCUACGUUUUUCAAACUUGUGAUUUCAAAUCUAAGCGAUUUUACCAAUAAAACGAAUAUAAAGUAAAAUCACAAAA